CUUGUCUUUAAAGCCUCAAACCUCUUGGAUGGUCACAUCAUAUUUCUGGACUGUGAAGGCGGUGCAAAUCACAACCAGACCGCCCUUCCUUUUGUCAUUGGUCUGGCUGCUCGCUUAUCAGCCCGUAUGUAUAUCUUUGAGCGAGCUUGCUUCACUACAAAUGGCCUUGAUACCGUCAUGCAGGUCUUAAACAUGGCAAAUGCUACUGCUACAGAUCAAACAUGCAUACCCAAAUCCAUUGUUCUUGUUGAAAAUAUGACCAUCAACCAAGAAAUACCCAACACCACUCUUCUUCAGGAUCUGCUGUGCGAGGAUGAGGGCGAUGAGGCAAUCAACUGUAUUCGCUCCCUUAUCAAGGAUCGUUUUCAAGUAGAAUUCAACAAAAUUCCGUAUAAUAAUGAUCCUAGAAAACUUCGUGAUUCCGGAUACGGCAGACAAACUAUACUCAGUCAGUAUGAUGACGUCUGUUGCGAGAUGGCACAGGGUAUAAUUGAUAACCUGGUGCCAUUUGAAAUUGGCGGUGUGCAGGGUGAUGGUGCCAUGGUUGUUCAGCUGAUUAAUGAGUUGAUUCUACAGAUUCGAAGAGGUGGAAACAGAUUCAACAUGGUAACAGCUACAGAGGCACUGGUCAACAACAUGGCUAUGGAGGCAGCAACAACAUUGUGGAACAACAUGAUGACCCAACUAAAGUUGUCUGGUAACCUUCCAACUCAAAUCACUGGUCGAAAACCACUUGAAGCAAUCAUGCGUGAAGUCGAGCGUGUUGCCAUCCCUGCAGUACAUGAUCUUGAUUCCUUUGUUUCCAGACUUGAACCUCCUGGGCCUGCCUGCGUAGGCAGACAGUACUGGGAUCGCAUGUAUGAUGACCUUCAACGCGAGAUUCGGGAAUCCUAUAUUCUCAAACAUGAAAAGGUAAUGCGAUAUAGAGCAUGGCGGGAUCGAACUCAUAUUGUCAUGGCACACAUGUAUGCCUUAAUCUGGCAAACAUUGCACUAUAUUUCUCAGUUUGUUCGAUAUGCAAGUCGGGUAGUUGCACAUACUGGAUGGUUUUCUUUGACAAAUAAGCUUGGGCUUGGAAUGAUCCGAAAUGCAUUUUUUAAAGGGAUUUUGGUUUGAUUGUAAUUUGAUGAGAGUUGAAUAAAUUAAGCACUAUA